AUCCGCCACUUUUCUAUCUCGUUCAUCUCCACUUCUACCUUGUUCUUGUCUCCUCCCUCUCUUACAACAGGCACCCCAUAAUAAUCUGCCGUCAUACCUACCUACCUCCUAACCUAACUUAACCUAUUUGCUCGCCCUCAUCAUUACACAUCUUUUACUUUUGUCUAUCCUUCUUCUUGUUCUCGAAACUGACCCAAGUCCACGUCCGUGCCCUAUCCUGUUCCUAUCCCUUCAUCCAACAUAACCUCAAUCUCUACUAUAACUAGUCGACGUAGUUGGACAGCGUCACAUAUCGACGGGAGCUCUCUCCUCAUACCUACUCUAGCUGCACCUUUCUAACCCCGCUUCGUCUCUUAACAACAGGCCUGAUACUUCAACGCUGUCAACAUGGCCGCGCCCUCUAAUCACCGCUCUCGUGGCUCUGAUGACCUGGGCGUCUUCGACGAUGCCAAAAGCUACUAUACGGCAGAGCGUCACCAGAACCGUGCUGGUCCUCGCACCCGAACAUACUCCCAGAACAGUUUGAUGUCCCGGUUCGAGCGAGUCAAUCUCCGAGAGCCGUUCCGACGUGGCAGCCACGAUGAGAACUCACAACAGAAUCGCCGGUUUCUGAUCCAAGUUGAUUCGACAUUGGAAAGCCUGUCACUCCAAGAAGACCCCAAUGGUAACAUGCAGAUCACGAUCGAGGACAAUGGACCCAAGGUCAUUUCUCUGCGUACCGCCGCUUCAGCUGGUCACAACCGUUUCGAUGUACGAGGAACUUAUAUGCUGUCCAACCUCCUGCAGGAGUUGACUCUGGCCAAAGAGUACGGACGGAAACAGAUUGUUCUGGAUGAAGGUCGUCUCAACGAAAACCCAGUCGAUCGCUUGUCUCGCAUGAUUCGUGAUCAUUUCUGGGAAAACCUGACUCGACGUAUUGAUGCGUCGACUGUCGAUAUUGCGGCUAGAGAUCCUAAAGACUGGACAGCCGACCCACGCCCACGUAUCUACAUCCCUUAUCGAUGCCCCAGACAAUACGAGUUUUACAAGAGAGUUGCUGAAGAGAGACCUGAGAUGCGACUGGACGUUCAGAUGCUUCCCGAGGAAAUCACCACUGAUCUGGUUCGCGACAUGAAUGAUGCGCCUGGUCUCUUGGCUGUGGAUGUGCAAGAAGUCUCAGAGCCAGAGCACCCUUCAGGAUGGACGCUCAAGGGUAUGCCCUUUGUGGUCCCUGGCGGUCGUUUCAACGAGCUUUACGGCUGGGACAGCUACAUGGCUUCCCUGGGCCUUCUCAUCAAUGACCGAGUCGAUUUGGCCAAGUCUAUGGUCAUCAACUUCUGUUUCUGUAUCGAACACUAUGGCAAGAUCUUGAAUGCAACCCGAUCUUACUAUCUCUGUCGAUCACAGCCUCCGUUCUUGACCGACAUGGCUCUUCGUGUCUAUGAAAAGAUCAAGCACGAACCCGAUGCCAAGGAGUUCCUUCGACGGUCUAUCCUGGCCGCCAUCAAGGAGUAUCACAGUGUUUGGGUUUCGGAGCCUCGAUUGGACCCUACCACGGGUUUGUCGAGAUAUCGACCAGAAGGCCGUGGAGUGCCCCCUGAGACAGAGGCCACCCAUUUUGUACACAUUCUUGAUCCUUACAUCAAGAAGCACAACACAACGUUUGAAGAUUUCGUGCGAAAGUACAACCACGGCGAAAUCGAAGAGCCUGAACUUGAUGAGUACUUCAUGCACGACCGUGCCGUGCGCGAGUCAGGUCACGAUACCUCAUACCGCCUCGAAGGAGUCUGUGCCAACCUAGCCACCAUUGAUCUCAACAGUCUCCUGUUCAAAUAUGAGACUGAUAUUGCCCGAACUAUCCGCAGCGUCUUCAACGACAAGCUGACCAUGCACGAGGAAUUCUGCGCUGGUACACCUUACCAGCCUGGUGAGGUCCUCUCGUCGGCUGCCUGGGACCGACGAGCCAAGCGACGUAAGCUUACCGUGGACAAGCUGAUGUGGGAUGAGAAGGAGGGCAUGUUCUUUGACUAUGACACCGCGAAGCGCGAGCGAUGUACAUACGAGAGCUGCACAACACUCUGGGCACUCUGGGCAGGCAUUGCCACCCCAAAGCAGGCAGCUGAGAUGGUCCGAAAGGCUCUUCCCAAAUUUGAGGCUUACGGUGGUUUAGUUUCAGGAACGGAAGAAUCGCGUGGAGCCGUUGGCCUGGAUCGACCUAACAGACAAUGGGAUUACCCAUACGGCUGGCCUCCACAGCAAAUGCUGGCAUGGACCGGCUUGAUUCGCUACAGCUUCACCGAAGAGGCAGAGCGAAUUGCCUACAAGUGGCUUUUCAUGGUCACCAAGGCCUUUGUUGAUUUCCAUGGUGUUGUAGUUGAGAAGUAUGACGUGACACGGCCAGCCGAUCCUCACCGAGUAGAUGCAGAGUAUGGUAACCAAGGUCUCGGUUUCAGAGGUGUCAACAAGGAAGGAUUUGCAUGGGUCAACGCCAGCUAUAUCUAUGGACUGCAAAUCAUCAAUGCGCACAUGCGCAGAGCACUUGGUGCUUUGACACCCUACGACACACUGAUGAAGGCUAUCGAGCAGAACGAGGAGAAAACGCUGGCUGGUCUGCUUAGUUCAUAGGGUAAUGUUAUUGCAGACUUGGAAGCGCUUAGCAAAAGAAAGAUGUUGUUGUAGCUAUCGAUAUCCAUAGGACAAGAAUGUUAUGAUGCACGAUCAAUGUACUACUUUAAUGGGCCCAUGCCGUUAAAAUGUAUCUGUAGAUGUUUGUGACGGAGCGAAUCUUGCGGAAUCAGACAGACAGGUGCCAUACAUACUCGUAGAGCUAAGCUUGAUGUUGUCACACACGGAGUCAGGGCAACAGAGGUAUAGGCAUCAGAAAACGAUCUGGGACCUAAAACAGACAUACUUGGCGCAUAAACACAACACAUAGUAGUUGAGAAAGACGAAA